GAAUCUGAGGAAUUCUGAAAAAAAAGAGAAAUAGUAGUAGUAGGGUACCGUAGAGAAAAAAAGAAGCGGAAGUGGAGGGAGGCUGUGUAUGUAUGAGUGAAUGAGUGAGUAAAUGAACGGGAUAACCGAAAGGAGAGGGAAUAAAGAGAGAGAGAGAGAGAGGGGAAGAGAGGAUAAGAGGAAGAUAAGAGAUCGCUCGUGGAAGUGGCGUCUUCUUCGCGCGGGCGUUUCUCGGUGCAUCCGGUGUUAUGUCGAGGCGUUACAGCUCUCGUUUCGCUUUUUCCCUCUGAUCUGGUCGGUCGCGUCGCGCCGAGGAGCGCGUGUGGAACGACAGUCCCAGCCGCGCGUUCGCGUUCGCCGCACGGGCCUCGCGCGAAACCGUGCGAAGUACGAAAUGCCGAAGGGAGAUAAUCAUGUUACGAUAGCGAACGGGGCAGAGCUGUAAGAUCGACCGACCGGAAGUGUCCUUGAUUAUUUACAAAGACAACACGAUAGUUCGGUCGAGCGCACGGAAGAAAGAAGUGAGCGAGCGACUUGCCGUCUAACUUCACUCGUGGAAGACAAAAUGAUCGGCGGCUGAAGAGACAGUCUGGCGAGAGAGAUUGCGAUUUUUCAAACGAACGCUAAAAGUGAAUAAGUGACUUGGUUAAUAAACUGCCUGGGGUUUUUUUUCCACUGCGACACAUUAAAUAGAUUUUUGUCUGUAGAUUUUCUGCGGACGAAGGAAGCAAGCGUAAGAAGAGAGAGAAGUGCGCAGCAAUGUUCGGUCGAUGAGGAGUGCUAUUAUUUAUAAAUAUUUAAAAACGAUCUCUUCACUUUGAAAAGAACAAAUAAAUCUGGAAGGUCCUGGUUUACAAAGUUCAAAUCGCGCAUUAGGACAAUUAUAAUUUGAUAUUGGACAUUGUAUAAUCCCACUUAAAAAAAAUGCGGCGUUAAUCCCGGCGCAGAACGAUUUAAAUAGAACGACAAUAAUUCAAGCUGUCAUUAAACGGAUAGCAACUGUUUCCGUUCUACCCGCGUGUUUAAUAGCGUUCACGUGGACGCCAACUGUCCGAAUUCGAAUCAGCCGACGUAAACGCAAUUUAAGACAAAAGGAGAGUCGAGACACGAGUCGAAAGAAGCGGAAUCGCAUACAUACAAGCGAGGUAUUAAUUUAGCCGCGUAGUAAAACUUACAAAUCUUCAUAAGAGACGGAUUUCAAACGCGUACUUAAAGGAACUGGCUUAACUACGAUUUAAAAUAAUCUGCGAGAAGAGAGGAGAGUCUGAAGAGGUUCUUUCCGAAGAAGGAACGAAGAGACCGACGAUUGCAACGCGCGUGUUUUAAUCGGUGACACGUGAAUUAUGUUUCUACAGAAACUGAAAUAAAUAAAAAAAAUAUAUAUAAGAGGGAAAGCGCACGUAAUAAAUAAAACAUACUCUAGAGGUGCAACUUUUUCGAAACGAAGCUACAAGAUAACGGAAGUAACAAUCGGGGAGUAGCAAUUUGACAUAGCAUUGAGCGAUGUUCGGAGAAGGGGUAAUAAUAGGAAGAGCUCGUUUGCGUUGGAUGAAGGAGUAAUUGCAUUUUUAUGCCGCCAUGUCCGCAACAAGGUUUGCCUUGCUCGGCCUGGUGUUACUCUCGACGAGAGUGUCGUCGGAAUCGCACCUGGCGAAAUGUUGCCCGCCAGGGGAGAUCUUCUCCGGCUAUUCUACCGUGGAAUGCGUGUCAAAACCGAGGAGCAUAAUGGAGCUUUACGUUCACCAAUGGAACACCACCGCGGGGUUCCAAGGGAUUCCUCGGUGCGACGAACCCGAGGAUCUUAUGACGACGCUGCUAAGCGAUCUCGAUCCCAACAAUUUCUUAGAGGUGCCAGCCUGCCUCGAGAUACUUUACGAUCAAAUAAACGGAGAGAGCGCCGUAAUAGUCGUUCAUUGUGGAUCGAACAAAGAUCGACGAGUGAAAGGGAUCGACACAUCCUUUCUGCAGCUCACACACGUCAGAAAAUGUUGCCCUCGCGACGCAAUAUUCGACAGUCGCACGAAAGCUUGCGUGUCCCGGUUAAGCGAAUCGGAGAGCCUCGUAGCAUUUUUGAGAUUAAGAAAUGAAUCGGCCGACGCGGAUCUUGUGGUGGUAGCUAACGAAGGCCCACCCGCGUGCAAAGGACCGAUCGUCGACUACGAGAUUGACGAAAACGACGUCUUCCUACGGAACAGUACAUAUUCGGUGAUGGUUCCAGCAUUCAAGAAUAGUUUCGCCGUCAAAGAGGAACUUUCGGUUACCGAGGAUUACGCUUGUCUCGACACGACGCCGGAUUCUGCAUCGGAUCGAACACUGGUAGCGCGCGUCUGCAGAGAUCCGAAAUUCUGCGACGUGAACGCCUGCAUCAGAAAAUGCUGCGCCGAAAAUGAGUUCUUUUACGCCCAGGGAUGUAAUAAACUCGCCGUACCCGAUCAACUGAUAGAGUUUCACAUGGCCCUGGCGAACGCCGUAAAUCAAACGAGAUCGUCCGCCUUCGACACGACCAGAGACUAUGGAGUCUUGAUUGGGAAGCCGUGUAAAUACGGCAUGUACCCCACGGAUCCGAGGGAAGAAGAAUGGCUACUGACGUCAGAAGGACGUGUCUUCGUCGAGAAAUAUGUGCUCUACGACCAGAACAACUACUGCAUGGACAUCUUUUACAACAUGACGGAAUUCGAUCAUAACUUCAGCCUGUUCAUAUGUUUCGAGGACCCGUCGAUAAAGCAACUAUCGAGGUUUCGGAUGAACACCGCCCUGCAGAUCACCAGCUGCGCUUUCCUAUUGAUGACUCUGCUGGUGUACGUGUGCCUGCCGAGUCUGCAGAAUCUUCACGGUAAAACGCUCAUGUGCCACGUGAGCAGCCUCCUUCUGGCCUUCAUCUGCCUGCCCGUCAUCACUUGGAUCACGCCCAGUGUCUCGUUUGAGGGACAAGGCACGACAACGUGCAAGGCUGUAGCUUACAUCACGCUUUUUUCCUUUCUAUCGUCGUUUUCCUGGCUCAACGUCAUGUGCUUCGACAUAUGGUGGACCUUCGGAGUUUUGCGCGGCAGUACGAUUACGCAGGCGCGCGAGCAUAGGAAAAGAUUUCUGCUAUACUGUUUAUACGCUUGGGGCCUGUCCUUCCUGGUGUCGGGCCUGGCUAUCGUUGCCGACAGCACGGAUAUCCUGCCAGAUUAUCUGCAGCCCGAUAUUGGCGAUACGAGCUGUUGGUUUAUACAAAAACGGGAAUCGUACGGAGAAUUGACCUUCUUCAUUGGACCGGUGAUGAUUCUGCUGAUAUCCAACGUGGUGUUCUUCGUUCUUACAUCCGUGCAUUGUAAUAAGGUGAAAGCGGAGAUAAAGAGGGUAACUACGAACCCCACGGAUCCCAGAAGCAAACGGUUUCGCUCCGACAGGAAGAGAUUUAUCAUGAACGUGAAACUGUUCAUCGUCAUGGGAAUGUCCUGGAUUUGCGAAGUGGUGUCGUUCUUCCUGCUAAAAUAUUUAGACUACGAGCGCUGGCACCACGUGUUCUUCUACACCAGCGACGUCUUCAAUUGCCUUCAAGGUCUACUGAUUUUCAUUCUCUUCGUCCUGAAGAGUCGCGUGUAUCAAGCACUUCGCAGACGAUUGGGAUUGGAUACUAAACAGAAACCGACGUGCAACGCGACGACUUUACACGAUCCUUACAGAGUCAGGAAAAGCGCGAGUAGUAGUACGUUAACGACUACGUUUGCGAUUAGUUCCACUCCAUAAGGUAAAAAUUAAGACUUGUUAGUAUUUAGUAUAACAAAUAACUUAUAUCUUUUUGCCAUAUGUUCAUGCGUGCGACGAGUCACGCUCUGUUCAAUUUGUAAUUAUCUUAAAUACGUCCCUCUGUCAGCUAGAACAAAUAAAAAUCUUCCUGCUGUUAAUAUUUUACUAAGUAGCGUUUAAUAGCCAAAACAGGCACGGGUGACGGUUGAACUCAAAAAGAAAUCAUCUUUAAACAUUCUUUAUGAAUUAGCGUAUUCUGUACGAAAUAAACUCAAAAGAAUUUCUUUCCAGCAAUUAGAAAAGAAAGAUUAUUUGUAUUGAGAAUGAAAAGAUUCCUUUUGCAUCCGAGAAAGAGCUCAGGAACGAUAAAGGCGAAUUCUUUUUAAACUCCUAAGAAUGUUUUUAGAGUAGAAAUGGGACGGGAAAAAGAAUUAUUUUUGUAUCAUAACGAAUGGAUUAUAUUCCAAACAAGGUUAAUCUGUUAUUCUGGCAUAAUUUUAUUAUUCUCUCGAUAGCAGGAGGGACAACUGACAGGUGGAAUAAUUGUAUUUGAUUGGACGAUUUGGCACCACGCAAAUAGUGGCAUGAAUAGAGCUUGACGUAGAACACGAUUGUAUAAAAUUUCCUCGUCUAUUAGCCCGUAUAUUUCGGACUAAUUCGUGUACUUAUUAUUGCUAUUCUUAGCUCUCAGAAAUACGAGUAUCUACUAAGAACACCUGAAGAUGAUAUUAAAUUUUAUAUUCCGAGCGUUACUUUUAUGAAUGUUAGAUUUAUCUUGCAACAGUUACGCCAAAAAGAAAUGCCACUAAGGCCCGGUUCUUCCAACGUCGUUUAACUUUAACCUUCAACUCGUAUCCCUCGUCUCUUUCUAAUCGUCUCCUCCGAAAGAGACAAAGAAUGAGUUAAAACUAAAGUCAAGCGACGUUGGGAAAACCGGGCCUAAAAAUACCAAAGAAGAUUGGAUUAGCUGUUGUCGCCAUAAAUUGUGAACAAUACUUUUGCAUGUAUACUGUGGUAUACGUGUGCGUAUGACGCACAAGUUAGGCACAAUGUUAAGUUAAAGUUGAGAUUAAAUUGAGAAACUUGUGUAUA